AUGAAUGUGUUUAUAUGUAUUUGCUACGCGUUUUUCAUUUUACGUAUAAAUGGAGAAGGUAUCAAUAUUUGAUUGGUUACUUGAUUUUAUGAAAAUUAUUGCAGAUGAAGAAAUGGAAUUUCGGAAGAUACUGGAGAUCAUAAAUAAUGGGCAUCAUAUUGAUGAAAAAUUGAAAUAUGGUAAUACUGCUGUUAAUUUUUGAUAAUAAAAUUUAUUUUUCAGGCUGUCCUGAAGUGUUAGAGUACUUUUAUUCUCUACCAAUAGAAGAGCGAGAUGUCGGCGUAAUGGGAAAAGAUUGUAUUCACGAAAUUUCAAAUUCAUUAGAUGCUUUGUUUCGGUACAAUGAUUCCCUCUCGCAGAAAAAUGAUUAG